AUGCCGCCAUUCUGCAAGAUUGCCGUCAUCCAGCUCUAUGUCAAGCCGCUUAAACCCGCUGACAACUUCGCCCGUGCUGUGAAAUUUAUCCGCGAGGCUGCUGCGCAGGAGUGUCAUUUAGCUGUCCUGCCUGAAUUCCAUCUCACCAACUGGGUCCCCACUGAUCCUCGGUUUGCAUCCCUGUGUGAUGACUGGGAGACUUAUCUACAUCAUUAUCAGGCCCUCGCCAAAGAGUGUAACAUAUGCAUCGUACCCGGAUCGAUAGUCCGACCUGUAUCUCCCUCCCCUGUAUCUCCCUCCCCUCCAGGGACGCCUGUCUCCAAGGCCGAACCAAGCCUUGAAAAUGUAACCUUUUUCAUCUCCAACACUGGCGAGAUUCUAGGCUCCUAUGUGAAAAAGAAUCUUUGGGGACCCACGGAGCGAGCGUACCUUUGGUCAUCCAAGGACACCCCACACCAAGUCAUCUCGACACCGCUGGGUCCUGUGGGCUUGCUGGUGUGCUGGGACCUGGCCUUCCCCGAGGCCUGGAGAGAACUUGUUUCUCAGGGAGCGAAGAUCAUCAUUGUACCCACGCUGUGGACUCGCAGCGGCGCAUCUGAGGCCGGCCAUCGCCAGAAUCCUUCUGCGCCCUCCUUGUUUCUUGAUAGCAUCCUGACUGCGCGAACAUUUGAGAAUACCUGCGCUGUCGUGUUUGCCAACGCAGGCGGGCCCCCAGGGAGAAACUACUGCGGUCUCUCCCAGAUUAACAUUCCGUACGCGGGUCCCCUGGUUCGUUUGGGUACUUCCGCUGAGGGAAUGGGCGUGGCGACAGUCGAUAUGGCAGUUUUGGAGGAUGCGGAAGAAAACUACGCGAUUCGGUCCGAUCUGAACGACCCUUCGUGGCAUUAUAGACAUACCCGCCGGAUUCCGGCAGAAUCGACCAAAGGGAGGCUAUAG